GCAGAAACUCGUAAUUCAAGAACAAGAGACCAAGAUGAUGCAUUGAAGAACUUGAGAAAAAAGAAAGAGAAUUGCCACUUCCCUCGAGAAACUCCCACGUAUGGGAUGAUUACAUCACUCCUCAGUUCAGCUCCAGACAAGGUUCGCUCUCCCCUGCGCAAAACACAUCAAUCAGUUAAGAGAUUUUGCCAGCGAAGUACUAUCACGACGGCAGAUCCAUCUUUCGAACGGAAGGAAAAGCUCAUCCUUUUCGAGGAAGGAAGAAACAAGGGUCCAUCAAUCGUCCAGCCAGCAAACAUGGCUAAACAGGAAGGACAGGCAAAACAGGAAGGAGAAGCCUCCAUUCUUUCUAGCAGAGGUUUCGCUCGCUCGCGCAAAGCUAAACGUGGACAACUUGAAGACGAUGGUGGUAACAUAUCACACACACAAACCACGAUUAGAGAAGCUUACAAACGAUGCUAAUCGCGAGAAGCUUAUAUUGGAAUCCAAUCGCGAAAGCGCGUGGUUCGCCCCAAUGCGCGCAUGGUUUUGUUUUGUUUGCCCAUUGCUCCGGCUGUGCGCACGGUUUGACCGCGCAAUUUCCUGGGAAUAGUUUAGACCCGUGGAAUCGAGCCCGUGAUCUCCUCGUGGUUUAGUUUAGGGCGUGAGCCAAGUUUAAAAUCUCUCUCUCUCUUGUGUAUCGCAUUGUCGUCGUCGUCUUGCGCGAGCGAACUACUACUAUCUCUUUCUUCUCAUAAAUCGCGCCCUUGCAAGCGCGCUCCUUCGCGUUUUGUUUCGUUGCUAGCUACGAUCACUGGCCAGGGCAGCAGGCAUGUGGAAUUCAAUGGAGCGCAAACAAUCCCUCCAGUGGAGCGCGUAGCAGCCAGCAUUGUCCCAUUCGGAUCAUCGCGCGCUCGAUCUACUUUCGAAAUUCUCUCCUCUCUCUCUCUCUCUCUCUCUCUCUCUCCCAGGGCGAAAUUUCGAAAUAUUUCGGGGUUUGAUCGAUCGCCAGGGCGGCAGCGGCAGCGGCGAUGCCGGGGCCAUGGCUUUCUUGGACAAGAACGCUCUCGUGCAAAUCCGACACCAAGGAUGUGGUCUACGAUCCCAAGCACCAGCGGCAUUCUUCCAGGAUCCAGCCAGCGCUGGCGUCGCCGGUGGUCAAUCCAGUUCCAUUCCACGCCAAGGGCAAGAACCCCGGUACCAAAUCUUCCGCGCAGCCUCAGCAUUCCUCGUCCCUGAUCAGUCGAUCGUCGUGCAACUGCUCCAAUCUCAAGGACAUCGUGCACGGCAACACGAGGGUGAUCCACAGGGCGUCGUCGUCGGGGAGUCCACAAUCGAUCAAAGACUCGGCGGAUUUUCUCAACGAGGUCUCGCAAGAUGCCCUGUUCUUGGAAGAUCACGAUAAUCACCACUGCAACAGCGCGUCCCCUUGCGGCGAUGCCCCUUUGCUGCUACCAUCCUCCACGUCCUCGUCAUCGAGCUCGAGCUCCGGCAACCAUCGCCAGGUGCUCGUGGUGUCGCGCAAGAGAUUUGGGGGCUCUUGCAAUGGCUGCAAUGUGCUCGACACCAUGGAUUCCAUGGUGGCGUCGUGCAAGGAUUCGUUGUCCGUGGCCUCCGCGGCGAGCAUGAUCGCUAGGAAUUGCAAUCUCCCGCAUAUCAGCUGCCAGAAAUGCGGGGAUUGCUUCACCAAGAUCGAUGCUCUCGAGCACCAUCACACCAUCCAGCACGCAGUGUCGGAGCUGGGGCGCGGCGAUUCCUCGCGCAACAUCAUCGAGAUCAUCUUCCGCAGCAGCUGGAUCUCGAGCAACAGCUCCAUCGGCCGCAUCGAGCGCGUGCUCAAGGUCCACAACUCCCAGCGCACGCUCGCGCGAUUCGAGGACUACCGCGACAGCGUGAAGCUCCGCGCCAAUUGCAUGGCCCGCAAGAACGCGCGCUGCAUCGCCGACGGCAACGAGCUCUUGCGCUUCUACGGAUCCAGCGUCGCGUGCCCGCUGGGAGCGCACGGAUCCAGCAGCGUCUGCAGCCUCGCGCACUGUUCCAUCUGCCGGAUCAUCCGCUCGGGCUUCGUCUCCAAGAACACCAAGGGGAUUUGCACGACCGCCACGAGCAGUAGCGCUCAUGUGGAGGAGAGCUUCGGUGGCAAUGCGGGCAAGAGGGCGAUGGUCGUGUGCCGGGUGAUCGCCGGGAGGAGCUACCGGACGUCUUGCUCGACGAACGGCAUAGGGGAGAUCUCGGGCUGCCCCAACGGCUACGAUUCGGUGGUGGGCGGGAUUGGAUCCGACGGUGGGAGCUUGGUGGUGUUUAAUCCCAGGGCUGUGCUUCCUUGCUUUGUUGUAAUUUACAAGUGUGGUUAAGUUUUUCUUUUCUUUUUCCCGUUGUAAGAGACUAUUAUCAUUAUCGAAAUAUAAUUAUUAAAGUUAUUA